GGUAAACUAUUCAUCAUUUCGUCAGUAGCUCACGGAUUGUGAGUGAAAUUUGUUUUUCUUUGUGGCAUACGACUUUUCCAAAUUGAAAAAAAAAUAAAUACAAUUUGAGAUAUUAAACAGAAUCUCAGUGAAGCAAACAGAUUUGGCUGUAAAAGGGGCAUACAUUUGUUCUUAAAUUUUGAAUAACUACGAAAAUGGACGCGCUUCUACACUUUAUGAUUUACCUUAUACUGAUGAACUUUACAUCCGGGACAUACGAAUGUCCGAACAUGUGCCGGUGUCAUUACAAUGUCACAGUAUCAUGUGAUGCCGGUCUUCAAACAAUCCCCACGGACAUUUCGGAACUCACGAAAUCGUUACAUCUGGCUGGGAAUGUGACCUUACACAACAGUUUUCAGCGUGUUCAGUCAACUGACUUACCAAACCUUGCCGAUCUCCGUCACUUUACAUUCAGUUUUAAUGAUAUAGAGGUUAUUGACAAUUACACUUUUAGAAGAUUUAAAGAACUCAGGCAACUAAAACUAAAUCACAACAAUAUCAAACAGAUCGGACCAGCAACAUUCACCGGACUCGCAAAAUUGGAAGUUCUAGACUUAUCUGGAAAUUCAGGUAUUAAAAUCCUCGAUGGUACUUUCCGGGAACUUCCUGCGCUUCAGGAACUGUAUCUAGGAGAAAUUAACUUACUGGAAAUAGACUUGCAUGUUUUUGACUGUUUAAAUGUUUUAAAAGUCUUGGACAUACAUGGUAAUUCAAUCAAGAAUCUUGGAACAGAGCACAUGAGUUUAUUUCCUGCAUUGAAAGUACUGGAUAUUUCCUCAAACUCACUGACAGCGUUAGAUGAAAAAGUAUGGGAAUCUAUGUCCAAACUACAAACAGUAUACAUUGGCCUUAACUCGUGGCAAUGCAAUUGUCAGGUAAAAAACCUAAAGAAUUCUCCAGCACUCAGAAACAUCACAGACGCGCUCAUUUGUGCCGGGCCGAGCCGACUUCAAUAUAUGCCACUUUCGCACGUCCUUGAUUCCAGCUUAAAAUGUCAGCCACCGAAAAUCAUUGACUGUGACAAAAUUUCGUCAAAGUUAACGACGGGGGAUGGAUUUCAAAUUACAUGCAAUAUAUCUGGUGAUCCUUUCCCAUAUGUAGAGUGGAAAACUCCCAGCGGAGACCUGCUGUAUCCCUACAAUUCCACGUUAGGAUCAUUUUCUGUGUUUGAAAAUGGAUCGUUACAUGUAUUUCCAAUCUCAUCGGCAGACAGUGGCAGUUGGACAUUGAAAGUAUCGAACCCAGAAGGUAUAGUUGAGAGAGACUUCAAAGUUGAUAUUCAAGUUAAUGCACCAAUGACGAUUCCAUCAACACCCACUAAAACAGCGACGGGAAGUCGACAUUGGAUGAAUACACUGUCGCCAACUAUACAAACCACAGGGAGGAAAAGGGGUACAUCGGCACCAACCACCAACAGCCAUACAACGUCAAGAAACCCUACAGCACCAUUGUUUUCAACGCAACAUAUCGCUUCUGCGAGGACAGCUCCAACACAGAUUCCUUUCACAAUUAAACAAACAAACUACAAAACACCUGAACAUCCUAGAACGGCCGAUUUCAAUCACCAAACUUCCCAGGGAUCAUCGGAGAGUGGCUGGGGUUAUACGGGUAUCAUCGUGGCGUCUGUAGUAGGUGGCUGUAGUUUAAUUGUCAUCACAACUCUGCUGAUACUUCUGUUUAAAUGUGCAUCAGCCAAGAAGAAAGUAGGUACUACUUUUACCGAAAAUACCAGGUCUACACGCCAUCGACGACAGGCGUUUGUGUGAUAAGUAUAUUCUACAACACUGCUUUGAUGAAAGAAAGUCUAUUAAUUUGAAUAUGAAGCGAAUGGAAUAUUAGCAUAGAAUAUUUAGGCAUCGAAUGGUAAAUUUAUCAUUUUUAUACAUAUGUGUGUAUUCAAAUUUUGAUUGUUGGCCAUUGUUCUCUUCCAUUUUCAAUUGCUAACAUUUCAUGUAUAUUACGAUUAUCUUGAUAGUGCCAAACCACUAAAAACAAACAUUGUGUUUUCAAAUUUCUGCCUUCAUUGCAAAUUGUAAUUCUCAUCAUAACACCACAGGAAUUCGGAAAUAAAUGAAAAUGUAUAUUUAAUGUUGUUAUGUUUGAUUAAAUGUAUUAUAUUGUUGUAUACAAAUAUGCAUAAUAUCCUAACCAAAUCAUGUAAUAUAUGCAUAAUCAUAAUGAAUUUUACAUUGUUUUUUUAUAGU